AUGUCUCAAAUUGAUGUCGUAAUGACUGUGGGGAAAUUAGACGCCUCUUUGGCUCUAUUAACCACCCAAGAUCACCACGUCAUUGAAUUUCCAACGAUGUUGUUACCUGAAACUGUCAAGGCUGGUUCAAUUGUGAAGAUGACUGUGGCACAAGACACAGAAGAGGAGAACAAACAACGUACUAGUUUCAAAUUGCUACAAAAUGUCAUUCUCGAGAAAUAUGGGACAGAAAAACCAAAAAAUCCCCUUUUAAAAAUUAUAAACAUCACUCAAACUAGUUGUGUAUUACAAUGGGAUACAAUAUCUUUAGGAUCUGCUCGUUUCAAAUCCUUAAUUCUUUAUAAACAAGGCAUUAGAGCUAUGGUUAUUCCAAAUCCUUUCAAAGUUACGUCCACUAAAAUAUCUGGCCUUUCUGUAGACAAACCUUAUGACUUUCAAUUGAAACUUUCUACUACUUCUGGAGAUUUUUGGUCGGAAAAAGUUAAAGUCCAUACACAUAAGAUGACAGAUAUGUCCGGUAUCACUGUUUGCUUAGGCCCAUUAGAUCCGUUAAAAAAAAUUACAAGAAAUCAAAUUGCUACAUCUUUGAGAAAAAUUGGUGCCAAACAAUUACAAGAUCAUGUUAGCAUUGACACCACUCAUUUCAUUACCAAUGAUGGGGAUGAUAAUGAUAACCAAGAAUUAAUAAGAGCUAAGCAUAGUAAUAUCCCAAUUGUCUCUCCUCAAUGGAUUAGAGCCUGUGAAGUGGAGAAAAAAAUUAUUGGUGUCAGAGGGUUUUAUUUAGAUGCUGAUAAAUCUAUAUUAAAGGGAUAUGCAUUCCCAGAAGAUACCAAAGCAAGUAUAAGUGAAGAUCAGUUUAAUAAUUCUAAAUCCCUUGAAAAACCUGAAGAAGAUGCUAAUGCAGAAGCAGAAGUUGAUAAUAAUACUAGUGAUGGUUUAACUAAUGAAAGUUCAAAUGUUAAUACUACAACAGAGCCAAAAGAAAAAGAGGAUGAUGAAAUUGGAGAACCAAAAGGUUCUUCUGAAGCUCCAAUUGAAAUCUUAGAAAAGAAGGAAGAUGAUUCUCAAUUGGAAAAGGAUAAUGAAAAAGUUAAUACUCCUGUAGAUGCUCCAAUCGAUUCAAUCGUUGAAGAUACCCCAUCUACGGACAAUGACCGUGGAACUUUUGAAAAGGAUAGCCCUGAUUCAGAAGCUCUUGACAAUGUAGAAAUUUUAGAUGCAGUUGACGGAUCUGUAGAAAACAUUGAUCCAAUUAAUGAAGAAUUAUCUUCGGAAAAGAAAAAAUUAGAAGAAGAAAAUGUAUUACAAGAACAGGAUGAAAAGGAAAAAGAAGACGAAAACGACGAAUUUGGCGAACCUGUUCAAGCCCCAAUAGAUACUAAAGAUUCCCUGGAGGAUGUUCCAGUUGAUAAUGAAAUAAAUCAAAAUCAAUCACUUAGCGAAAAUCCAGCUGAAAGUUCCAAUGAAGUACCAAUUGAAAAAGUAGUCGAAUCCGAAGAACCAACUGAAUCUCCAAUUGAAGCAGCUCAAGUUAAAACAAACGAAACAUCAGAUAGUCAAACCGAAACUCAACUUAAUGAAACCAUUAGCGAACCAGUUGAAAUAAACGAACCAUCAGAAAGUCAAACCGAAACUCAACUUAAUGAAACCAUUGGCGAACCAGUUGAAAUAAACGAACCAUCCGAACCACAAACUGAAGCUACAAUUUCUGAAUCAAUUGAAGAACAAAUUAACCCAACCGAACAACAAACUGAUGUUACCAUUGGUACUCUAGCAGAUUCUAAGAUUGAAGAGCCAAGCGAAACUAAAGAUGAAAAUGACAGUAAUCUUUCUGAAACUCCAAUCCAAAAACAUUUAGAACAAUUAAAGAAUGAAGAUGAUUUGAUUAAUAUUAUAGAAGACGAAGAAUCUAAAGCUGGUACUCCUGAUGAAAUAAUCGAACCAAAAGAUUCCAUAAUUUCUCGAAAAGAAGACGAAUUGGAAAAUCCGCUUCACUCCCAUAACCAAGUAGCCAAAUCAUCCACAUCGUUAGCAUUAGAAGAAUCUCCAGCCGUUUCUACCAUUCAAGAGGACGAAGGCACUAUUGAAGAAAAUGAUAUGCCAGCAGAUAUGUCUUCUCUACCUACUGAACAAGAUAUAAGUCCAGAUCUAGAUGAAUCUAUCAAAGUCGAAGAUGUUAGUGAAGAUGUAAGUGAGGAUGCUGUCCAAGAUGGUACCGAUGAAGGAUCUGAUGAUGCUGAUGCUGGAGAAAAUGAAAGUCUAGAAUCCUCAAACCCAACCGCUACUACCAAAACCCAAACCAAUAAUAAGAAAAAUAAAAACAAAAAGAAGAAGAAGGGUAAGAAGAGAAAAUAG